GCUUUGCUAAGACGAACGCAGUUUAGCCAGCUAGCGAGUUAGCUUCCUGGAAAUGGCCAGCUGGGGGAAAGUUACCGCUCUCCUGAGGGGUGUCUUGAGGAGCCCUCGAUCUCUGAAAACCUUCGCACAGUACCGUACUGUCGGUCGCGGCAUUGUGGCCUCUGUAAUUGGCACCGGGGUUGUCUGUUAUUACGGGUAUCAUGUAAACAACAGGACUCUGCCCUUCGCCGUUUAUGCUAAGGAAGAAAAAGAAGAUGCAGCUCCCCAGAUGUCUGCAAGGAAAAUCCGCUUCAUCCAGUUUGCCUCAGUCGUCCAUGAAGAGGAGCCCUACAUGACCCCCAGAGACUUCCUGUUCUCUGUGAUGCUGGAGAAAGUUGAUCGAAAGCUGAAAAAGAAAAAUUUAACCAAGCAGGAUGUGAACGGUAUGCUGGUGGCUGCCUCUAAAGCUCGUGCUGGUAAUGAUCUCUUCAGAAACUUGGGGGACAAAGGUUUGAUAUCCUACACAGAGUAUCUGUUCCUGCUGUCCAUCCUGACCAAGCCGCGCACUGGAUUUGAUAUAGCCUUCAAAAUGCUCGACAUUGAUGGCAACGAGCAAGUGGACAAAAAGGAGUUUUUGAAACUCAAGAAAAUCAUGGGAAAAACUAAACUGCGAGCCCCGAUAGAUACUACAGAGAAAACCACAGAAGAAGGAGAAGGUGUGAACACAACACUACAGGCCUACUUCUUUGGAAGGAAAGGGGACAACAAGUUGCAGUAUAAGGACUUCCGCCGGUAGGGAUACCCCCUAAUAAUCACAGUCAUGUACUACAGAGCACAUGACAUUUUCUUUUUCAUAAGUAGCCGCUCUGUAUACAACAUGCGGAGGGAAGACUUUGCAGAAUGGCUGCUACACUACACCAACGAAGAAGACAAUGAAGUCUACUGGGAAAACAUGAGGAAGAAGAUACCUGCGGGUCAGAGUAUCUCAUUCGAUGAGUUCAAAGCCUUCUGCCUGUUCACCAACAACCUGGAGGAUUUUGCCUUCUCAAUGAAAAUGGUCACAGAAGCCAACCGUCCUGUGGGCAUGGCCCAGUUCGAGCGAGCUGUGACGAUCGCCACAGGCCACGAACUGUCCGAGAACGUGCUGGACACCGUGUUUAAGCUUUUUGACAUAGAUGGAGACAACUGCCUGAGCCACAAGGAGUUCCUUGGUGUGAUGAAUGACCGAGUACUGCGGGGUCUAAAGGUGCAGCCUCAAAAUGGCAUCUCUGGCUACUGGAAGUGUGUGAAGCGGGAGACCCUGAAGGCAGCCCAGGAGGCCCUGGUAGACGGCGGGUGUCCCAUCGUGCAGCCUCAAAAUGGCAUCUCUGGCUACUGGAAGUGUGUGAAGCGGGAGACCCUGAAGGCAGCCCAGGAGGCCCUGGUAGACGGCGGGUGUCCCAUCUGA